AUGCCUUUCAAAUAUUUAGGAGUGCCUUUGGAUGGCAAAAAACUUACAAUUGCAAAUUGCCAACCAUUAAUUGAGAAGAUGAUGUGUAGGCUUAAUCACCGGUGCACAAGACUGCUCUCAUAUGCAGGCAGAUUGCAAUUAGCGAAGAGUGUUUUGUUUGCUAUAGCAAAUUACUGGCUGCAGAUCUCCCCCCUUCCUAAAAAAGUCAUAUCUCACAUUGAAAGCUUGUGUAGAAGGUUCUUAUGGUCUGGAAAAGAGGACGUGAGGAAAACUGCCCCUGUUUCAUGGGAGACUAUUUGUAACCCUAUAGCUGAAGGUGGACUGAAUGUUAUAGGACUUGGAUGGUGGAAUCAGGCAACUCUUGGUAAAAUGCUGUGGAACUUAUAUCAGAAAAAGGAUAGAUUGUGGAUUAAAUGGGUGCAUCAUUUCUAUAUGAAAGGCAAAAACAUCAUUGAUUACAUGCCUAAAACCACGGCCUCUUGGAUCAUACGAGCUAUUUUCAAACAUAAUGAUGUUAUCAUGGAAUCUGAUGAUUGGAAGGAGUUUGAUUUGACUGGUAUGUACAGAACCAAUAGAAUAUACAGAGAACUCAAAGGUCCCAAUCCGUUUAUACCAUGGAAUAAUUUGGUUAGGGGUAAUUGGGCUAGACCGAGGGAAAUUUUCAUAUUAUGGUUGACUUGCCAAAGAAGAUUGCAGACAAAUGAUAGAUUGGCUAGGUUUGGUACUCUGACAGAUGGGAAAUGCCUCUAUUGUGAUGAGUUUGAAACAUGUAACCAUCUCUUUUUUGAAUGCAUAGUUCCUAAUACUCUUUGGCAAAAGGUACUAGAUUGGCUAAAAUUAGCUCAUCUGCCCCAAAACCUGGGAGCUGGAAUUGCAGUGGUGCAUCACUAA